CAAAGGGCCUCGGACUGGGCCUCCAGAUCAGGCUACUCUGCAGCCAUCCCCGAGGAUCAUUCCUUUGCCUAGUAGCCAUGCACCAUGGGAAAAGCCUUCGGUCUACACAGGCCGUAGCAUCGCACCGCGGGCCGAGUUGCCAAUGAGAUCAGUGCUGCAGCAAUACCUCGAUGUGUAUCAUUCAUCAACCAUACGGAUGAUCUUUCCGGUGUUGUGCCACCGCAUGCAUCUUUGCCUUGAUGGCCUUGGUCUCCAGCAUGGACCACGAUGCCAUCUGCUGCACUGCUCCACGUCCUCCUCCUAUCCCUCGACUGGCAUACAUCGACCAUGCACGAGCUCUACUGCCAUCUCUCGUGCAGAACUCGCUGAGCCUGGAUGCAAUCCAGACCGCGAUCCUGCUAGCAAUCAGCGGUACGAUGAUCGGCGAACUCCAAACCGCCAUGAAUUUCACCUCGAUCGCCGCGCGACAGAUCAUGGCCGUCGGCGCUCACACUUGGAGCGAGCCCCCCGGGGAUGAGUCGGCCCUAAGCACCCCCAAACACCUCCGCACUCUCUUCUGGAUCUGCUAUGCCCUAGACAAAGACCUUGCAUUACGGACCGGACAGCCCCAUUGCCUUCGCAACGACGACUGCAAUCUGCAACUGCCUACCGCAUACAUCGAGCAACUCGACUCCCGCAUGAGCUAUGCCCCACAGUCCCACCGCUACGAGGGGGCUCUAUUCCCCGUCGACCUCCGACUCAGCAUGAUCAAAUCCCGCAUCUUCACAGCCCUAUACUCCUACAGUGGUCUUCGCAAAACGGACGUCGAAAUCAUCCGCUCCAUCCGCGAACUCGACGACGAGCUCGAACAAUGGCGCACUUCCAUUCCCGCUCUCCUCCGUCCGCAACUCUCGUUUGCCCACCAGCCUGAUGCCACCACCCCCAAGAACAUGUCCCUGGUGCUCACCCAUCUAGAUUACUACUCCUGCGUCAACCUGAUCCAUCUUGCCGGCGGUCGCUGCCAAGCAUGGCGAUCGACCACCACGCCCGCGGGGCUGAUGGAUGGUCUUCGACUGUCUCUCAACUUCUCCGUCGAGGCCAGUCGCUCGCUGUUGCUAUUCCUGUCUGACUCUGAAGCAUAUGUUAGUCCUGGAGGCUUUUGGACAUUACUCUUCUACCCCAUGUCUGCCAUCCUCACCAUAUUCUGCAACAUUCUCGAGAACCCACAUGCCGACACAGCGAACCGCGAUAUCCAGCUCUUGGAAGCGGCGGAACAUACCACGGAAAAGUUAUUCCUAAGGCAGAGUUUGAAGGCGGGGGAGUUGCAGCCCGUCACGGGGUUUAUUUCUAUAUUGAAGGAGAUUGCGUGCCGGGGGGUG